AUGCUCGGAGAUCACGAGAGAUAUGGAGAUACGUAUGCCCAAUGGGGUGGGUCUGUCUAUACGGUGAUCACUCGGGACCCUCGGAACAUUCGUGCGAUGCUCUCGAGACAGUUCAAGUCCUUCGAGAUUGGGAGUGGUCGACAUGGGUGCGUGCGACCUCUGCUAGGGGACGGCAUAUUCACCCAGGACGGAUCCAAGUGGGAAGCAUCCCGCAAGCUUUUGGCUCCCAUGAUUCAGCGGCCGACCUUGCCAGAGCUGAAUCUUGUCGAGCGUCACUUCCAACUCCUUCGGAAUGCGAUGACUUCUGGCCUUGUAUCUGAUCGGGGUCCGCUCGUAUCGCCUGUCGCUGUCAAUAUGAAAGAUCUCUUGCUCGACCUUAGCUUGAAGUUGACAACGGAGUUCCUGCUCGGGAAAGAUUUAGAUUCCAAGAUGGCGCCCGCAAGUUCCACCCAAUGGACAGACGACUUCGCUGCAGAGUUCAAUGUUGCAUUCAAAUGGAUCUCCAAGCGUGAGCGACUGAAGGCUUUCUACUGGCUUAUCGACUCGGUCCAAUUCAGGAAAUCUUGUGAUGUCGCACAGAGGCUUGUAGAUGAAGCAGUGUGCCAUGCGCAAGAACUUAGAAAGAGUAGGAAGUUAUCCGGAGAGAGCUAUGUGGCUCUAGACUCUCUGCUGCACCAAGAAGGCGAUCACGAAACGGUGCGAGACCAGUUCAUGAACUUGCUACUCGCGGGAAGGGACACGUCCGGAGCUUUGCUAUGCUGGGCUUUCUACGCGCUUUCGAGGGAACCUCAAGUGCUGAUCAAGAUGAGGAAGGAAAUCGAAAGCAUGGUCGGCACGGACGGCAGAGCACCCACGAAGAGUGAAUUGAACUCUAUGACCAUUUUGGACCAAUUUGUCACAGAGACUCUUCGACUCUUCCCCCCUAUACCGCUGAACGGUCGCUUCAGUACUGAGGAUACAUUCUUGCCCCAUGGCGGCGGUGAGGAUGGUGAAGCUCCCAUUCUCAUCCCCAAAAGGACGUUGAUCGCAUUUUCCACGUUCGCCACGCACCGUAGCGAAGACCUAUACGGAAGGGACGCCAGCAGAUUCAACAUCGGAAGAUGGGAGGAUCACACGAAAGAGCAACGGAUGGUCGACUGGUCAUACCAUCCCUUCCUUGGAGGCCCUCGGAAGUGCUUGGGUGAACGAUUCGCCAUCACCGAGGCAAAAUAUUUGAUCUGUCGAGCUUUGCAACACUUUCAGGAGAUCAUUCCUAUUGACGAAGAUGGCAAUACGCUUGCUUUUCGGUCCGAUGGAGCGUGGGUCGACGACGUCAAAUACCACGUUGGCCUGACCAUGAUGCCUGACGCAGGUUUAUGGCUUCGAUUUGUACCAGCCUUCUGAUUUCAAGAACACGAACGUCAGCUUUGCUCGCUCGCCAAUCGUUACAACUACUUGUACGCCUCCUUGUACG